UGCCGGAGAUGAAGAAGAAGAGGCCGAGAGAGAAAGAAAACAAGACGAUUCCGUACCGUGCAUGCGCGAGAAAUAAAUGACGUCGUGAUUGUGCGGCUGUGUUGCUGUAUGCGUUCGAUUGCCUGCGUGCUGCCGGUGUCGAUGCACCGCGCGCGUCGCGUACUCGCUCGGCUCGGCUCGCGCGGGGCAGGCGAGGGUCGGCGAAGGUGCGCCGUAACUUCGCCUUGGCUCCUUCCGUCAUUCCCUCCACACGCCUUGGCGCGCGUUCAGAGCUUCCGGCGGAGGCCGCCCGCCGGUGUCCACAGCGUAGUCAUAUUUAUUGUUAUUUUGAACAAACGUAAAAAGACUUUUUUUAAUUUUCUGACAAAAACAACUAACAAAUUUUGAUGUACAAAAAAAUGCUGUACAAAAAAGUUUUUAGUUUUACUUGUAAAAUUUGUUUAGGUGCAAAAACUUGUCAAAACCUAUAUGUCUUUUCAUUGGGAGCCCGUGUUGAUGCGUCAACUAUACAGACCUCAUUUAAAAAUAUUGACGUUUACUUAGUCCACUUAGUCGCAUGACGAAAACUGAAAAGGAAUCUAACCGUUAUGGACGGGCGGGUCAGUCGUACUGUGUAAAAGCAAAUAGUACCUCAAUUACAAAGUACAUUCAACAUUCAAGGGUCGGCCCAAGGCCUUCCCUCCCCCCCCCCCUCCCCCUUUUGCCUCCCUCCUUGCAGCCAGCGUUACUUGUAAGUUUCUCAUACCGAAGCGUCGGGCUCAGCAGAGCAGUGGGGAGAGAACACCACCACCACCAUCCCCUCCUCCGCAAUCUCCUGAAAAUUUUAUCAACAUUUACCUUCAAUUUUAACUCGAUUCUACUGCUUUACUUGAUAAAGUGGUGUUCGUUCUCUGAGAGCUUCCUAGAGUGCGCGCCUCUAUUUCAGUAGAAAAUGGGAAAAUGUGUCUUUUAUAAGACAUGGAAGAUUUGUUUUGUACUCUUUUGACAGGUAGCGUCGUCUGCGUCGUCUGCAUUUGUAGGAAAAUAUCAUGAUGAUUUCGGGAGACGACACGUGUGAAGAUGAAUGGGGUGAUCUACGAGCUCGUUUUGUUAAAGAAGGACUUGAAUAUUCAUCACUGACUGUGGAGCAAUGUCUCUUACAUGUUUGGCGUUGGUUGGUUGAUGCUGAAAGUAACUUACACAGCUCUAGACGCAUGUUAGACAAACUGAGGGAACAGCAAAAUGAGGAAUUGGAGGAAAUGGAAUCCUACAUUGGACAUAUUCGAGAGCUAGCUGAAAAACGAACGGAUCACCUGGAAUCUGAAACAAUUACCUUGCGCAACAAACUUCAUUUAACUCAACAGCAAACAGCUACUCUUAACAACCUUCUACAAAGAAGUGGUCUAGAAGGAAUUGACGAUCUUGGAGAAGACAAUAUUGGGGAACAGGUUGCUUUCUUAGUGGCUGAUCAUUUAAAACUCAUGGAAGAGGUUGAGAUCUUAAAGAAACUGAAAUUUUCCAAUGGUAUGGGGAAAGAAAGUGAACUCCUAACUGAAAUGGUUAAAGUAACUUCUGAAAAAGAAGUAUUGCGCAGGGAAGUAAGUGAUAUUACUGAAAGAUUAACUCUUCUUGAGAAGGCAUCACGUCAACUCGAACUGGAUAAUGAGCGUUUGGCAUUCAAGCUUUCUGAAGCUCUUGCUGAGCUGGAGGAACGAGAAGCGCAAUUGAAGCAGCUAGGUGGAAAUGAGCAAGGAGCUGAAAGUCUGAUCUGGAUUUCACCUCAGAGAAGUCAUCAAUGUGCCCGAAGUCAAUCCAUGUACACUGGUCUCUACCACAGAGAGCCAUCACUCAACAGCCUUCGUACUGUCAAUUGUGAGGUGUCAGAAGGACAGGAGAGUUUACCUCGCAAUCCAUCAGAGGCCAGUCUUCUAGAAGAACAUGAUCAAGAACCAACUCCAAGAUUGUCAAGGGCAGAUACUCGCAGUUUUGGAGCUGACUCUACUCCCCCUAGUCUACUACUCAGUGAACCAAAUACCAGUUGUGGUUCCCUGAGGAGAUUAUCUAGUCUGGUUGAUUCACAACAUGGUGCAGGUGCAAGUGCUGGACCUCAUAGUGAUCUCAGCCACACCAAUGAAGUGAAAAAUUUGCAGGUGGAGUUUAACACACUUAAGGAACAACAUUUGGCCCUUACUGAGAAAUACAAUACAUUAGUAUUUCGACAUAUUCGUCAAAAAGCCAAGAGGAAAUCACAACUUGAUGAGCUGAGAAGGCGCAUGGAUGCAUCUAUUAGUUCCUCAAAUUGUCGGAUUGAAUCUCUAGAAUCCCAGUUAGCACUUCAAAAGAAAGCUUUGCUUGGAGAGGAAGUGUUUCGAAAACGAGUAGAAGCUGAUUAUCGACGUUUACAAGAGGAAAAGCGUACUCUCGUCGUCAGCGUUCUUAAUGCUGAAAGUACUCUCAGAGCCAAAGAACGUGACAUUUUAGCCUUGAAGAAAAAGGAAGAGUUCCUGGAGAACACUACAGCUGAUUUGCUAGCACGAGUCCUUACUCUCAAAUACACAAGAAGUUCACCAGAAAAAUUAUCUGGAAAAAAUUUAGGUGUGAUUCAGUCUUCUAAAACGGUACCAAACUUUUCAGCAGCUACAGCAGCAGCUAAUCAAGAGGCUGCAUCAACCUCUGAUAGAAAAAUUGGCCCAAUUACUAUUACAAAAAGGCACAGUGUAACAGAUUUAGGAACUGUUUGAUAUAACUUAAUAACUGUCUAGUUUUGCUACAAUUAUUUAUUUUUCCAACUCAUUGACGGAAACAUGGUAUUUUUGUGAAUUAUAUCAGCACAGCUUGUUAACCUAAGGAUAGAGGGGCACUGCUAAAUGUCAUCAGAGUAUGAUUUGAUUAGAGUGCCAUAAUUCAAAAAUUCAUAUUAUUGUACGGAGAGCCAUCAUAUUUUUCUAGUGAUGUAAUGA